GUGCGCCCCCUUUGGCGGUCUCCAUGAAGAGAAGAUCGCAAUUACUGGGAUCCUUCGCAAACCUGCGUUUGAAAAAAGUAGCUACCAGGUCUGCAAGGAGAAGCUCCAGGUUUAGAGGGCUUUUACGGAUCCAUAACGUGGGAAGAACUAGAAGCCAAAAACUUGAGGAACACUUAUCUUAUAGAAGUUUAGUAAAGUCGCAGUCGAGAUCAUUGAAAACUAGUCAAGAUAAAAAGAAGUCAAGUGACACCCAGAAGGAUUCUUCGAAACCCGUUUUCUCUAAUGGACAAAGGAAGAUUAACCUUGAGCAGGAGACUCUUAUGGAGGUUCCCAGCCUUUCUCCGCCCGUUAUUCAAAAAUGUUUUAAGUGUCGGCGGUUGCUGAAGGGUGAAUUUGUUACGUGUGCCACAAAAUUAAAUAAACAAGGAUUAAGAUGCAAUAACACUGCCCAUGUAGCCUGUAUUAGUUUAGAAAGCUCAUCAUGUCUCGAAAGAGAUUUAAAGAACUGGCGCUGUUCUGAAUGUUAUUCGCAUUGUACUUUUUGUAAAGAAUUGUUAUUGAUUGAAGAUCAAGGCGUUGUUAAGUGUGAAGGAUGCUGGCUAUAUUUUCAUCUCAACUGUGUCUCUGCAUACAUUAAGUUACUAGAUGAAACUUCUCCUUACGAUUCCAGCAAGUUUUCCGUGAAGCACGAUUCUUGGUAUUGUUAUCUUUGUACUGUCUUCAACGGUCAAAUAAUUGAAUCAAUUCUAACUCAUAAGCCUUCAGAGCCUGAAAUAUUAAAUAAGACUAGAAGUUCAAGUGCGCCCAUUUGCGAUCCAACUUUGUCUGAAAAUUUUUCUGAAUUUGAAAAAAACGAAAAUAUUGAUAUAAGUUUGGUUUUAUAUGUCAAAUUUUCCCAAAUGUCGCAUUUUCACGACGGUUGGGUUCCCGAUUACUGGGUUGAGGCCUGCAACGUCUCUUUGUUUCGGCGGUACAAACGCAGAAUUGAGACGAUUAAUGGUCCCUCUGUUCGAAGUGUAGUUCACCAGGACUGGAAAACAAUGCAGAGAGUUAUUGCUGAAAAGAAAGAACCGGCCCCCUUUGGACCCAGUAAGAAAGUCAGAAAACUUUAUUAUGUCAAGUGGACCAACAUGGAAUACGCUGAGAGCACGUGGGAGUAUCUAUCGUCGGGUGGCCGUGCUGGAAGCUUUUACAACGCCUACUUGAAGGACUCCGAAGUCGACUUUGCGGGAGUGGCCCGCCUUGAAGAGCAACUCGUUGUGCUUUACAAGGCUUUUUUGAGCCACAUGGCGGUGCAGGACACCCCAGCAUGCAGAACACCCAAAUUUAAAGAAAUAAACGAGCAACCUGCCUUUCUAGCGGGAGGCCAGCUCCACUCUUACCAGCUCGACGGUCUGAACUGGCUACUGUACAACAUGACUCACCGCAUCAACUGCAUACUGGCCGAUGAAAUGGGGCUGGGGAAAACAUUGCAGGCGGUUUCGUACAUUUGCUGCCGCUACCAACUGGAAGAUUUUGGUGUUGGCCUUUCCUUCCGUCAAAAUCCUUGCCUCGUGGUGGCCCCCUUAUCUACGUGUCACAACUGGCUUGCUGAAUUCUCUAAAUGGGCCCCGCAGCUAAACGUUGUAUUUUACUCUGGUGAUGCCGCUUCUCGUGAAAUUAUUGAAAAUCACGAACUGUUUCUCCCUUUUUCGCGCGGGCUUCCCAGAAUACACGUAUUAGUAACGACCUACGAGAACUGUCUUUCGAAUCCCCCCUUUCUGAGACGCAUCAAGUGGAUGGCUAUCAUCGUAGAUGAAGGGCAGCGAUUGAAGAAUAAUGAGUCCAAGUUAUUUUACACGCUCAGCCAAAUUGACGACGCCCAUCGCAUACUUCUGACAGGGACUCCUCUACAAAACGAUAUUUAUGAACUCCACAAUUUGCUAUUGUUCCUGGAUCCCGCUAAAUUUGAUUCCGACAACUACCGCGAGAAAUUUUCCUCUGAAAACUGGACUGACAUCAAGAAUAUUGAAGACCUUCACCGGCGCAUCCGUCCACACUUGCUGAGAAGGGUGAAAAGCGACGUGUUAAGUGAUCUUCCCCCUAAAAAAGAAGUGAUUGUUCCGACUUGCAAACUUCGCUGCAGAGGCACUUAAGCCGGGAAAUCAUCAAAGGAGAUCUUAAAAUCCUUCAGAAGGGGAAGCGCACGAGUAAUGUUCUGAGAAACACUCUUAUCCAACUUCGAAAGUGCAUCAACCAUCCGUAUCUUUUCCCCAACAUCGAACCAGAAGACGAUUCAAGUUCGGACACCGUUUAUGAGAGGCUGGUUAAUGCCUCGGGGAAAACUAUUAUUCUUGAUUCGCUAAUUCCGAGACUGCUAAAGGAAGGCCAUAGGGUGCUUCUUUUCUGCACCUUCAAGAUUAUGCUGGACAUUCUUGAAGACUACUUUGAUUAUCGCGGCUGGAAGUACCUUCGAUUCGACGGGACCACAAGCCAGCGAGAUCGCACAUGGAUGAUCGAUCAGUUUAACCAACCAGGGUCGGAGGAAUCUAUUUUUAUGAUGAC